GUUGUAUUACAAAAGCAGCGGAGAAGUUUAUCCCUAUUCACCACUUUUCACAAUAUGCACGUGACCUGAGGCCUAAAACGCUUAAAAAAGUUUACCAGUCAAAAAAAGCUUUACAUUCUGGAAAUAUUUCACAAACCUGGGUCUCCUUGUAUG